CUGUGCAUUCACAUCACGCGUUCAAGGAACGCAAUGCCGCUUUCACGGGCCUCUUCUAAGCACGAUGAGGUCCGCACUGUAUCCCAAAUAUUGAGUGUCUUGCUUAGGUCUAGACACCUCAAUCAUGAACCAACGCUACCAUGGUCCCAGAGUAUCUAGGCGAGUACGAAGUUGGGCCAAACCUGGAUCGACGCGAUUGCGGCCGCUGAACUGCUGCGUACACCAUGUAGCAGGAGAUUCACAUCUGAGUCUGAACGAACUCUGUACAAUGAUGUGACACCCGGGCACGCCUAGCGUUCGUGCCUGCUAGGUGUUCGUUACCUUGGCAGAAGGAACAACUCCGAAAACAACAGUCUCCUAUAUCGAUGAUGUCAUUGGUUACAAUCUUUGAGAAAGGUCUCAAAAAGGUCAAUGGGGUGCACGAGGCAUCGCCUUAGUGCAUUUUGGAAAGUGUGGUCAGGACAGCAUGUCCUGCGCCGGAGAAAAAGCACUCUUAGAGCUUCUGUCGUCGUGCCGGCAGCAGCCACAGAAACCUCGAGAUCAGCAUCACACCCAUUCUACCUCUCGCGUAUCAACAUGCCACGUAGAUAUCCAACCUUAAGGAGCUUCAAAGCUUUCCACAUCUGGCCCAAUCGCGGCGAUCUCUCUGACGGCGAUGAGUGCUGUAUAUGCUUCGACCCAUAUGACAACAAUGCACAUCAACCAGUGGGAGUUACUAGCAAUAGCGAGUGCGAUCACGUAUUUGGACGCCAGUGCCUUGAGUCCUGGCUUGACAGCACCUGCCCCAACAAGAACACAUGUCCAGUCUGUCGCCGAAAAUGGUACACCAGAAGCUCGACAGGUCAGCCUUCCCCCAGGGACACAAACACUUCACAAGUGUUGGCUCUUCCCGCUCUGGCCGCAAUUUCAAGACGCGACAAUUCUGAAUCGAGAACACUUCAGCGGAGUCCUUUAAGAAACUUGAUUCAUGCUCUCGAUGAUGUUAACGUCUCCCAGCAUGUAGAGCAGCUACUUAGCAACAUCGAAGCUCUCGAAGCUUUGGAGCGUGCAGGCGUACCACCUAUCGAUCGAGUGACCAGGACUAGCCUGCAACAAGGAGAAGCUCGCAUACAUUCGUUUCUGGAGAGGAACGCUACGACGAUACAAGCCUCGACGGGCACUACUGUUCAUCGCUCACAGCCUCGUACUGGUGCUCGGGGCAUUAUGGAGAGAGCCCCCAGACAUCAGCCUGAGAUGACCGCAGAGCUUGAACCUGGUGAGGAUCCGUAUUCGUUACUUGGCAUCGCCAUUCGAAGUAGCACAUUUUCGUUGCCAGAGCUCCCGCUCGCCCGCCGGCGUUCGUCACAGCAGUCUGCUCUGUCGUCAGAGGAUGCAGGCCCAACUUCCAACAGAUCAGAAUCUCCGUCUUCUUUGCGGACCACUGUUAGAAGUCAAUCAAGUCGCGUAGUGUCCACAAAUCCGCUACCACUACCAAACUCGCGAGCAGGACGACGUAACGCAGUACCUUUACAAUCAUCAAACCAAGCUCGAACGUACCGUGCGAUCAAUCUACCAGUUGCAGAGGAGCACCUAUCUACGAGUGAGGCUCAUAACAGUAAUAGCGCGCGAGAUAAUGGACCACUCUACGAUCCCCAUGCCACGCUAGCUGAUAUUGCGGAGGCAGAGGGCAGUGUCUCAUUACCCUCUUUCGCGAGCCCACCAGCUAUUCAGACAAUGGGAAGGACUAUCGACAAUCGACGCGUUGUUCACGAUCUUAGCUACGGCAUAGAAGAAGAUCAAAUUCCUCUGCUCAGAUACCGAGCAAGCAGCACGCCAUGGUUCGCGGACGACCCCCAACCGAUUCAUACAUCCACGCAGCCCAUAACAACACUUGCUGUUGUGCAUAGGUCAACCAGGCACAGAAGCCAAGCAGUGGCAGCCUAUGGGCCCCCGCGUGGGCACCCGCGUAUGAUUGGUAUCACGAUUUUGCGUGAUCUAGUUACACGCAAUCGCUCGAGAUGACGCAGAUGCACAUGUGCAAUCUUGUACCUCAAAACUGUACCGUCAUCGGCUAAGACAUACUAUAUGUUCAGCUGUCCUUAGAUUGUAACAUGGAUGUUGGCAGAGGCUUGUCUUUGGAAGCUGUUAUAUCUGCAGGCAUGCAAGCAAAUCGAUCAUUAUAAUCAUGAUAAUUAAUGACGACCUUGUGUGUAUCACCUUGCCGUAUAUUUUUGACCAAUGAGAGUAUGUUCUGAUUUGUUAGCGUGUAAGAUGAACCAUGG